GAUAAUAAUAAAUUGAGAUAUCUUUUUGUACACUGAAUUUCUGUUAAUUAUUACUAGUUAAAUUAGAUUUAGCGCCGUAGUAACAAUUAUUUGUUUUCAGCAUUGUUGCUACGGGUCCGAUUCGUAUCAUAAUAUCUUUGUCGAUUUCUGUGAUAAAUACCUAACGUAUUGGGUCGUGUUUCGUUAUUUUCUUUCAAUUUGCGUUACAAUUGAGUUUUGUCUUGCCUGUUAAUCAUAAGUUUUUAGUAGCAGCCCUGGACAACGGUUUACGGUUCUACGGUGUAGUUUGGAAGCUGUAUAAUAUGUUGAAAAUAAAACACGAAUAUGAUGAAACGGAAGAAGAAUCUUUUGAAAAAUCGUUGGAAGUCAUUGAACCUAAACCAUUACAUGUGCAGUUAAAAAACAAUGCAAUUUCUACAGCAGAGGAGUAUUUGGUAAAGAAUGAAGUCGACAAUACUUAUAGUUUUGGCAGAAAUAACGGCGAACUGAAUAUCAAAAUUGAAAAAGAAUGCUUCCAUGACUGUGUUUUCGAAUCAGAAAUAGAAAUUGUUAAGCAUGAACUGUUUGAUGCUGAAGAAGAGCAAACACUGUCAUUUGACUGCAACUACUGCCAGCUAUCGUUUAAGACAAAACGGAAAAUUAAAAAGCACAUUUUAAGUAUUCAUUAUCCGUGUAACGAGAUCGACACUUUAAAUCAUACAAAAUCUAUGGAUUACCGUAAUACUCGAAACAAAGAUGGCCUAUUUGAUUGCGGUAUUUGUUUAAAAAGUUUUUCAUCAAGGUCAUACCUGAGAAUACAUUGGCGCAUUCAUACGGACGAAAAGCCCUUUAAGUGCGAUGUAUGUGAAAAAACAUUCGGUCACCGAACUUAUCUAAAAACUCAUAAAAGGAUACAUACCGGAGAGAAACCAUACAAAUGCGACGUCUGUGCAAAGACAUUCAGGCAACAAUGUGAUCUCAGGAGACAUGCACGUAUACACACCGGAGAGAAACCCUUAAAAUGUGAUGUCUGUGUAAGAACAUUCAGUCAACAUUCUUCUCUCAACAACCAUAAAAGGAUACAUGCCGGAGAAGUACCUUUUAGAUGCAAUGUCUGUGAAAAAACAUUUGGCGCUCGGUCUUCGCUCAAAACUCAUGAAAAGAUACAUACCGGUGAAAAACUUUUUAACUGCGAUAUCUGUGGAAAAACAUUUGGUAGACUACAUCACCUCAAAAAUCAUAAACGCAUACAUACCGGAGAGAAACCCUUUAAAUGCAAUGUAUGUGAAAAAACAUUCAGUCGACAUUGUUCCCUCAAAACUCAUAAACGCAUACAUAUUGCUGGGGUACGAUAUAAAUGCUCCGUCUGUGAAAAAUCGUAUGGUCGCCAAGAUACUCUAAAAAGUCAUCAAGCAAAAGCACACGACUAACGCCUCAUAUACCUCUCGUGACUAUUUGCCAAUUUUGAAAUAGUUUCAGUAACAAUAUUUUAUUUUUUGUUUUUUUUUCACUCACAAAUUAAUAAAAAUAAAUGCUAUACGAGUAAUGUUAAUACUUACCAGUUUUUUUUAUAGUUUUUCAAUGUUUACUAUCGUUUAACUGAUCAUUACUUUGACAUUUUCCAUUGAAUUUAUAAUGCUUUUGACGGAUUUAAUCAUUAUUUUAGUUUUAAUAUUUUUAUAAUUUAAUUUUUUAAUUCCAUACU